AUGGGUAAGAGCAGUAAGGACAAGAGAGAUUUGUACUAUCGUAAGGCUAAGGAAGAAGGCUAUAGAGCGCGUUCAGCAUUUAAACUUUUGCAACUGGAUGAACACUUCCACUUUCUGGACAAUGUCACCCGUGUGGUGGACUUGUGUGCAGCGCCAGGAUCGUGGUCUCAAGUAUUAUCCAGGCGAUUAUUCGAUGAGAGUACCAGCGAUACGUCAUCAAAACGUAUAGUUGCGGUGGAUCUACAGCCGAUGUUCCCAAUUGAUCACGUCACAACGUUGCAGGCAGACAUCACACAUCCAAGAACUUUAAACAAAAUCAUGGAGCUUUUUGAGGGCGAGAAGGCUGACUUUGUGUGUAGUGACGGUGCUCCUGAUGUGACUGGUUUGCAUGAUCUUGAUGAAUACGUUCAACAACAACUGAUUCUCAGCGCUUUACAGUUGACUACUUGCAUGCUUCGAAAGGGAGGUGUUUUUGUAGCCAAGAUUUUUAGAGGGAGAGACAUCGAUAUGCUAUAUUCGCAGCUUGGUUUUCUUUUUGACCGAGUAGUAUGCGCUAAGCCACGAGCCUCUAGGGGAACUUCAUUGGAGAGUUUUGUGGUAUGUUUGGGUUAUAAUCCGCCAGCUCAUUGGACACCAAAAUUAGAUGUUAAUGCCUCUAUCGAAGACUUUUUCCAGGGUUGCGAUAUCGGAAGAUUAACCUUGGAUGAUAAACUACCAAGCUAUACAGAAGAACCCAGAGAUAUUGCCGAAUUCUUAUCUUGUGGGGGACUUGGUAGCUUUGAUUCUGACGCUACCUAUCACGAUGUUCCGUCAAACAGGAAAGUGCUAGACCCUGUGCAACCACCUACAAAUCCGCCAUACAAGCGGGCUCUAGAAUUGAAACGGAAGGGAAAAUUGAAUUGUGUGACCUAA